GCUUUAAGUUAAACAAGCGGGUAGCAGUGUCCACACAGAACUAGCCUAUACAUGCAAUAAGAUUGGAAUAAAGCCAAAUCUGUCUAGGAGUUCGAAUGGACAAAACACAAUACAUCCAGGUGAAAUGGCAUGCUCCAGUAAUUUAAGGGGAUCAACGUCUAACCAAUACAGUGAUUUGAAGGGUCACCCUGGGAUUCAUACCGGUGAUAAACCUUUUUUAUGCAAAGUGUGUGGUAAAACUUUCAAUAAUUCUAGUUAUUUGAAGAUACAUUGCAGAAUACACUCCGGUGAAAAACACUACUCAUGCAAUGUGUGUGGUAAGACUUUUGGUAAUUCUACUGCUUUGAAGAGACAUUGUGGAAUACAUAGUGAUAAAAAACCGUACUCAUGCAUUGUGUGUGGUAAGACUUUUAGUGAUUCUACUAAUUUUAAUAGACAUAAUAGAACGCAUACUAGUGAAAAACCCUAUCGAUGCAAUGUGUGUGGUAAAUCUUUCAAUAUUUCUAGUAAUUUGAAAAGACAUUGCAUAAUACACUCUGGUGAAAAACCCUAUCCAUGCAAUGUAUGUGGCAAAUCUUUCAAUAGUUCUGGUAAUUUGAAAAUACAUUGCAGAAUACACUCUGGUGAAAAACCCUACUCAUGCAAUGUGUGUGGUAAGACUCCACUCCGUAAUUCUACUGCUUUGAAGAGACAUUGUGGAAUACAUAGUGAUAAAAAACCGUACUCAUGCAUUGUGUGUGGUAAGACUUUUAGUGAUUCUACAAAUUUUAAUAGACAUAAUAGAACGCAUACUAGUGAAAAACCCUAUCGAUGCAAUGUGUGUGGUAAAUCUUUCAAUAUUUCUAGUAAUUUGAAAAGACAUUGCAUAAUACACUCUGGUGAAAAACCCUAUCCAUGCAAUGUAUGUGGCAAAUCUUUCAAUAGUUCUGGUAAUUUGAAAAUACAUUGCAGAAUACAGUCUGGUGAAAAACCCUACUCAUGCAAUGUAUGUGGUAAGACUUUUACUAAUUGUACUGCUUCCAAGAGACAUAGUGAAAUACAUAGUGGUAUAAAACCCUACUCAUGCAAUGUGUGUGGUAGGACUUAUAAUUACUGUAGUUCUUUCAAGAGACAUUGUCGAAUACAUAGUGAUGAAAAACUUAAUUAUUCUACUAAUUUUAAGAGACAUAAUAGACCAGUGAAAAACCAUAAACGUGCUAUGUGUGUGGUGAGGCUUUCCGUAAGCCAAGUACUUUUAAGAGCCAAAAUAGGAAUAAACAUAUAGACGAGAAACCCUACUCAUGCAAUGUAUGUGGUAAGGCUUUCAAAGAUGUGUCCAAACAACAACAGCGAACACCUUUAAAGAACGAAGAAUGAAAUUGAUCAUUCAUCGAAAUUAACGCUUUCUUUAUUAAAUCGAAUACAAUUAGGCUACUGAUGACUGGCUUAUUUUUUCUCCCCAAGGAAUAAUGUAUUGUCUCGUUACUAUUAAAUUAAUGUGAUUAUUCUAUAUACAUAUACACUCCUGGUCUUUUUUUUAAAACACAGCAUAUUCAGGAAAAUUUAGUUAGAUUUUAAAAUAAUAGAUAUAACGUAAUUAUAUUUUGACUUAAUAUUAUUAUUAUAAUACAGACUUGUACAGAGAACUUCGGGAGUUUUCAAUAAUAAUUAUGUCUAACACAACGAGUGUCUUAACUCUGAAUGAAUAAUAUCAACGGCUUAUUCUAGAAGAUCCCUGCGCUUGCCAGACUCUAUGUCAGCGUGAUUACACUUGCGACCAGCCACCAAUGCGUGGGCGCUUCUGAGAAGUAGACGUUAUUAAACAUAGUGUGACUGGCGAGGGAUGAGGGUGAUUUCGAGAUUCUCUUACAAUAUGAUAGUAAAUAAGCAGUCUUGUCAUACUAUAUACCGUUGAGUAUUAGCGCCAAAAAUUCCCACUUUUAAGUCACAUUACAAUAAACUCUCAAUGCAUAUUAAAAAGUCUGUUAUUGGUAUUAAAGCUAGGCCGACAUUAGAAUGUGCCUUGUCAGUUAUUUUGUCAUGCUCAAAACGUGAUUGGUUCUCGGCAUGACAUGAUUACAGUAACCAAAGCUAACUGGUUCGCGUUCUUGACUUAUUGUUAUUGUUUGUCAGUUAUACACACAGUAUAUGUGGACGAUGUAUGCGUUAUGAA